AUGAAGUUUCUGUCUCUGACGCCCAUCUUGGCCUUGGCCACUGGUGUCGCCGCAACUGAGUAUAUUUGCGAGACCACCGAUGGAAGCCCCUACCUCCACCACGUCAACCAGUUGAUCGACGGUCUUAACGAGAAGAAGUUCGAAGCAGCUUGCCUCGACUACGGCCUCGGAUCCAGUGACUGCGGUCCGACUAUCAGGAGCUACUCUGGUGAAGACGGCGGUGCAGCCUGGCAGCUUUGCAAGGGCGACCACGCCGAAGAGCACCAGCCACUCCGAUGCGAGUUUGACCCCGGUGGUAUGCCCUGUGCCGCCUGCCGGCCUUCCAUCACCAUGGGUGUCGUCGCUGGUCACUUUGAGAACCUCAGAGAUCAGUGCCAGGGCCCGGACUCCAAGGGUGAUGUUCGAGUGGGAGGUAUCGUCAAGCUUUCCUACGCCGAUGAGAGCACUGGCGGUGGCGAGAUCCGACUCUACUCGAUGCCUGGUUAA